UCUUUCUCUACUUAAGUCACUAAAACCGUGCUUGGACUUGUUGCCGUCCCCCACUUAACUCACAACUUCCUCUCCUUCCUCCCACAAACGCCUGCAUACAUCUUGCAUCUCAUUCCAGCGAGUUAUGUGAGCUGCAGUCGCUUCAAGUUCACAAUCACCUUCAUUCUUCACAUUCAUUUCCUCCGUUUUUUUCUUCUUCUGGUUUGGUUUACCACGCGCCCAGCGCCCUUCAGUUACAGUCAGGGCACACAGGGGUGUGUGUUUCACUAUGCUACACAUGUAAUGUGAAUUAUUACAUGCAUUAAAUAAAGAGGUUUCAAGAUGGAGGAAGCUGGUGCCCUGCCUCAAGGGCCUCCAAUGAACAUUCUUCCACCUACACCAGCUGGCCUGGAGGCUUUGUACACUCUCUGCAGGAAGAUAUAUCCUGAUCAGGUCAAUCCUCUGCAAGUUACAGCUUUGCUUAAAUAUUGGCUUGGCGGCCCGGACCCUCUCGACUACAUUUCCAUGUACGCCAAUGAAGGAGUACCCGUUGAUAACAUCCCGCCGCAUUGGCAUUACAUAAGCUUCGGUCUUUCUGAUCUCCAUGGCGAUGGACGCGUACAUGACCUAAACACUCCUGCAGACGGCACAUCCGGUUUUGGUUUUGAGCUUACAUUUCGCUUGAAACGUGAACCAGGCGAAUCAUCACCGCCUACAUGGCCUGCAACACUCAUGCAAUCACUGGCAAAGUAUGUGUUUCAUUCUGGGAACACCCUGUGUGCGGGUGAUCAUGUCUCAUGGCAUUGUGCAUUAGACAAUCACGAUUCGCGUAUUCAACAUAUGUUGAUGACCAAUGACGUGCAGUUGAACACUGCGCAGACGCCGUUCGGCAGCGUUGAUUUCGUGCAGAUUGUUGGUGUUUGCGCGGAUGAAUUACGCGCUGCACAACAAUGGAAUGGAAUUGGCGUGUUGAACAUGCUGAGCAAUCUCCCAACCUCUGGAGGUCCAUGGCAUGUAACAGACAUGCGCCGUGGUGAAAGUAUCUUCGAAUUAGACCCGAAUGCACACGAAGAACUCGAACGUGGCUUCGAACUCGAAGGUUCUAACUUAAGCGGUGUGAGCGCACGUUGUUCAUGGUCAGACGGGCGUGAAAAACGUAAAGAUGGUCGAAUAACCGAGGAGGAAAGCGAGCAAAUCAAAACAGCACUGCAGAAAGGCCUACAAUCAAGUAAUAUCUCGAAUAAUAAAUGUGACGAUGUUCGUGAAUCGUCCGCCAUGUUAGAAUCCACUGAAUUGUUACACGUUAAGAAACUGGAUGGUAUUCAUCUUGUUUUUAACCUGGAAGCAGGCAGUUUACUUCCGCUGGCGAUUCGUGGACGUGUCAAACACGGCAGACAUUUUACUUUCAAGUCUGUGCUUGGCGAUACAGCGAUUACUCUGGUUGCGCAUUCAGUGACUGGAACUCUGGUUGAUUUAGACAAUCCGUUUGUUGCGCAAGGCAGCUGGUUGCAAGUGCUUAUUCCUGAUGAUCUCGCACAGGAUAUGGCGGUGACUUUUCAGGUACUAGCGACGCCGGAAGCGCUGAGUUUGCCGAAGACUUUCACAUGGCCUGAUCGCAACCUGUCAAUCACGAUUGUUGCGGAUAAGAUUUAAGCUUUGACGAGGUUUUUGUACAUUUUACACUAAGAAAUUAUUUAUUAUACUAACGAAUUAUGUAAACGACUAAAUAAACAUUUGUAUUACGUA